AUGCCCGAACCGGCACCAUCGACGCACAUUCACGGCACUCCCAACCACCAUCCGUCUACACAGCGCCCAUCGACAAAGCCCCUCGGUGCGCGUAGCAAUGGCGCCUACUCCCCCGUUCGAGACAGCCAAAAGAUGAGCGACACGACCGGCGCGUCUGGCGCGUCCAUAGCCCAGUCGCCUGCCUCUCGAUCGGUCGGUGCACCAGAUGGCGAUGCUGGAUCAACGAAGAAGGACUUUCAGCGUUCUUUCAAGGCUUGCGAUGGAUGUCGCACGAAAAAGGUCAAAUGCGAGCUGGGCGAUCUAGCGGCGCCGUCUGAGCCUCCAUGUGCACGAUGCAAGCGCGAGAUGCGGCCAUGUCUCUUCACCAUGUCGACGCGCGGUCGUGGACCGAAAGCGCGCUCGUCUCGAUCGCAAGCGUUUGGCGCACACCAUCUAGCAAAGAACCCACGCACUUCAUCCGCCCACGACCUGGAUGACGAUGACGACGAGCACGACACGGCUUCUUCUGCCAUCGACACACUCGCCGGUGCUGCUCUCGCCUCCCUGCCUGCUACCAAUUUGAGGCUUCACUCGGCCCGUCACGACGUGCCCGUCUCUGCACUGGACCCUUCAGAUGCACCGAGCAUUGGUAUGAUCUAUGGGCUCAAUCGUCACGACGCGACACACCCGCACAACAAGCGCAGGAAGCUUUCCAGCGAAGUGGAGCCCUCUGACUCCCACAAACCCAUAGCCGAGCCAAUGGGUGCCUCUGUCUCAGAAGAACGCUUUACUGGUUCCACUCGGUCAGCGAGUCCUUCAGUGACUGCCAAGAACGAUGCAGAGCCUCUUGGCCUGAUUUCCAGAUUAGAUUCUCUGCAGCAAUAUGCGGAAGUCGGCUUGCAACAUAGCAAGGAUGCUCUGAGAGUGUUAGCAGGUGUCGCAGUGGAUUCCAGGGAAGCGAACAAUGACGUUGACAUGGAUAGAGAAGCUCGCAGUGAGCACCAGGGAAGCGCUGCAGCAAUGGCUCCUGAACAGGGUGACUCGACCGACCAAUACGACCCCACUGCCUUUGCAGACGGCCGUUCUUUGGAGCAGGCCACUGCGCCUGCUGCCUCGGUCUCCAUGAUAGCAUCCGGCCAUCGGGGAAACACCACUUCUUCGCAACGAUCAGCGGCAGCGCUCCUUUACCGUCCAAUCACACCACCACCGCUGAAACACAACUAUGGCUGGGGAAAGUUCGAGCCCGUACGUCUGAAGCUAAUUAGAAGGAGCGAAGCCAGAUACUUUCUCAACUUUUUCAUUCGACAGAUGCAUUCAUUUGCACCACACUGCUCACCCCAUCUUCUAGACAAGUCUCCUGAGGCGCUUUCAGAGCUUGUGUGCCGCGAGCCCAUCCUGCUCGGCGCCAUGCUAUCUGUUGCUUCGCGCUACGACGUCAAUCACAGCGCAAAUGUUACCGCCGUCGACACGUUCCAUCGCAAGAUUUCGAAAUGGACCCAGGAAAAGAUCAGCCGUUCCUUUUUCCUACCCGCCUCGCACACCAUUGGUACCAUCGAAGCUUUGCUCAUCCUCAGUGAAUGGGCUACGCUGGAUCUGCAUGAUCGACGCUCUUCGCCAGAUGGCAGCUCAGACUCGGAGGAUUCGGAAGACGAGAUUGGUGAUGCGGAUGCGUCCGACUCGGAGAGUGAGAUCGAAGGCGAUGAAGCGUUGGGCACGAGUCCAGCCACUGCCGCGGCUACAGGGGACGAUCUCAGGUCGGAACACGAAGGACAGAUUCCACGAGCAGGACGGACGAGACGAACGGGUGCAAGACCGUCGCAAAAGCCACGACAGGCCGACAUGCGCGAGUCAGAAAAAUUUGACGACACCGCGUGGAUGCUGACCGGAACAGCUCUACGCUUGGCGGAACGGCUCGACUUGCACAACGAUGCGACGUAUAGCGGCAUCUCGAGUCGCAAUUCAGCUUCGCGAAGAAAUGCCGAACGUCGAAUGCGCGUGUGGAUGUCGAGCGUGCAUGCCGACUGCCACUUGUCGGUGCGACUGGGUCGGAGGAUCUCAAGCCCUGGACUGGCAGCGCCCUUUAUGAAUCUGGUGCGCGAUCGCACGCAUCCCUUUCUGCUCAAUGCGGAUAUCAGCAACAGCGGCGAGGUUGGCUUCCCUUCCGGAUCGAAUCGUGCGUGGAUCGCGUUUCGAGCGCACGCGGAGCUGCUGCAGAUUGUCUUUCGAACGUGCGAGAAUCUGUAUCGCUCAAAAGCGGUGACAGAGCGGCUGUUGGAGGACGAGGACUUUGUUCCGGCUCUCAAGUCGAUCCGUGACGAUCUGGAUAACUGGGCCAACUGGACUCAGCCAAGGAUCGAGCCUACACGCGACAUGACGUCGCUCCGAAUUCGUGUCGAGUACCACUAUGCUCGGCUGUACGCCAAUGGCAUUGCGCUCGACUCGGUGAAACGCAGUCUGAGGACGUUGCGCAAGCACCGACAAUACCGCGCCUCUGAAGCAGCCGAGAUCGGAUCGAAAGGAAGGCUGGGCAAGGCAGGUGCAAGCGCGGCGGCGUCUGCCACCGCUUCGUACACGGUGAGUUUUUCGACGCAUCCAGCAUAUCCGUUUGUACGAGAAGCGCUGGCGGCGGCUCAGAGUCUGAUUCGCAUCUUGACAGUGGAGCUGGAGACGAUGAUGUGUGCGCCAGCGAGGUGGUUUCUGCUGCUCGUAAUGGCAGCAGUGUUCUGCGUCAAGGCGACGGCGGUUUCGGAUGUGAUCCUGCCGCUCAAGCGAUGCGCGCAAUCGCUGCAGCAGGUGAUCACAGCGCUAGAGAGGGCGGCUCCUGACGGUGUGCAUUUGGCGAAUCGGUACUCGAUGUACCUGCGUCAACUUGCCAAGCAGCUGGUUCUGACGGAUGUCAAGACGCGCACGGCAUCUGGAAGUACAGGGCAGGCACGAAGCAAAUCGCGCACGCGAAGCGCUUCGCAAUUGGUGCAGCCAGAGGUGGCGCAAGCUUCGGCAUCUGUGGGAAAUGUGGAAGAGGCCGCGACUGAAAGGAGCAAGGAGAAUCAGGUUGCUCGUUCGGAUCUUGGUAGCCGAAGUCAGAACGCCGCGCUCGAGGCGGCUUCGACGCCAGCCGGCACACUCAUCUUUGAACGGAAUUCAAGCUUGGGUGGUAUGCAGCCUGGCCACGGAAAGGGUGCGUCCGAGGUCUCUGCGCAGUCUGAGGCGGUGAUGGGAUCGUCUAGCUCGGCAGGCGCACCGGUGUUCAUUCGUCCUGCUGACGGCGUGAGACUGGAUGCGUCCUGCUCUGGCAAUGAUAGGUCGGGCAACACCACGGGCGUUGGGUGGAUGGCAGCGCCGCUCCCUUCUACGCAAAGUCUCACCGGAGGCUCGGGAUCGUGGUGGAGCACUGCCGACAUUUUGCCCGGAGAAGUGGAUCCCCAACUGUUUCUCAAGUGGCUGGACGAUCAGACGUCGACAUUGGCGCCUCCGACCUCGCAUCACCCCAUGACAUCGUGGGCGAGCGGCACGCAACAGACGCAGAUGCAGACACAUCGAGCGCACGCGGGUUCACUGGGGAGCAUGACAAAUCCGUCGCCGCACACGAUGAAUCAAUCUCCUGGAUCAGUUGCAAGUCCAGCUACUGCGACAUUUGCUCUGAAGCCACAGCAUAGCAUGGAAGGUGUACGACCUGGGACGGUUCAGUCACAGCCAUUUUUGAACACGGACGGAUCAAGAGCAUCAGCAGGACAGGAGGAUCUGUUGACGAAAAUGUGGCUAGACGAUGCUCUGAUGGACUUGGCGGCUGCGGGGCUGGACAUGCCGUUUUUGUAG